AAUCACUCUCUGGUAAAUUGAAUUAUUUUGGCCUUGUUGAUUCAGUAGACAAUGCUCCCCCGAAAAAGAGGAGGCCUUCUUGUCCUCCUCCUUCGAAGUCUCAGAAAUAUGUACUACAUCACCAACCUUCUUUGGCAACUAUACCCUCAUUGGCACCAAUAAGCAGAAAUUGCAAAAGCUGGAAAAUGCUCAUCAUAUUACAUUUAAUGCUUACUUCACUUGACAAAGAUAAGUGGCAUUUGUGGUGCAUCUCUUGAAGUCGUUCCCAUCAAUCCUUCACAUAUGAAAAUAAUGUCCAAGACUGAGUUCAGAAUAAAACUGUAAAGAAAUUUAGAGAUGCAUUCAGAGCUAUAGUAGAUCCUUGCAUUUGAAAAGCAUGAAUAGCAGCCCAUAUGUCAUUUGACUAUCAUAUGCCUUUGAUAUGCUGAUGUAGAAUUAAAAUAAUGGUUGUUAUGGGAGCCCUUAUUUUGCUAAAAUAGUAACAUAGAACACCUUAUAGCAUAAAAGAUGUUAUCAGAAUCUAUGCUUAGACUGCUAGCUUUGUUUUGACUAAUUUGAUAGAGGUAACAAUGAGUCUUGAAAGUUCAAAUUUUAGCUUUUUGAAUAUUAUGUAAUCAUACUGUAUAAAUUGCCUUUUGGUUAUCUGCAGACAAACUUCAAGGAUGAUCAACAACUUGGUGAAUUUGCAGUGCUCUCCUCUGUACAGUCUAUGAAGGUAGUUAAUCAUAAUUUUCAAGGACCACUUAGCAACAAAAGAGGACCAGAACAAUCUCAUGUCAAGAAGGGUAUUCAUAUGCCUGAUUCUGGUAAAUUCAAGAAUCGUUCUGAGUUCAUUGAGAUUCGUGCAACAGAUACAAUUAUUCAUGAGGUUGAGAGGAUGACCUAUGGUAGAGAAAACCCUGACCCUGUUCAAGUUGAGAAGGCAAAAUUGAUCUUAAGAGAUCAUGAAAGAGCUAUACUUGGGGCACUUGAUAAACUUGCUAAUGUGUCAGAUGUGGAUGAUUCUCCCAAUCAACUGCACUACUCCUAUGAGGAGCCUCAUGGAAACAAACACAAUGUUGGUGAGUGGUGACUUCCUCGGGCAAAUGGUAGAUUGCAUAGCU